UAUUAUAUGAAUGUGGUUGUUUGAAUGCAAAUCGUUUAUAAGCAAAUAUCGCAUUUAUGCAAAAAAAUUUCAGCAAAAUUGAAUCGUUACGUACAAAUUUUAAUCUGUUUUAAGCAAAUUUUCCAACACUGAAACACUAAAUUUAUUCUAUCGAUUUAUCGAUUGUCAAACAUAUGAUUUUGUGUUACACUUGUUACAAUGUCGCGUCGUGUUGUGUUAACAGCGAAACAAAAAAUUGCGGUUUUAAACGAUUUAAAGACUUCCAAAGACCGAAAAACCAUUGCUGCUAAAUAUAAAGUUAGCUUAAGCACUAUAUCGCGCAUUCAAAUCCAAGAGAACAAAAUCCGCGCCAUAACAAAUCCCAAUAGGAAACGGGAUAGGAAAGGCGCACACGUGAAUUUGGACAGAACCUUGUUGUCCUGGUUUAACCAAAUCCGGUCCCAAAAUGGAAUUGUUACCGGACCUGUCUUGCUUUCUAAAGCACAGAAAUUUGCGUUAAAAUUAAACGAAAGUUAUGUGCCAGACCGUAGUUGGUUGCAGCGUUGGUGCGGGCGAAAUGCCCUUAACUUCUCCAAGAUUUACGGAGAAGCUGGCGAAAAUAACGCAACAAGUGCAGAAGUUUUCACUACUAACCGUUUGCCUCAUAUUAUUGAAAAAUUUUCGCCGGAUUGUAUAUUUAAUGCCGAUGAAACCGGGCUGUACUACAAGGCGUUGCCAAAUGGAAGUUACAAAGGCAAGUAUGAGAAUCCAAAGGGAUUCAAAACUCAAAAGCAACGCCUCACAUUUCUGUUUCUAUGCAAUGCAACCGGCACGUAUAAACGUGCAUAUUGCAUUGGAAAGUCGGCUAAACCACGGUCUUUUAAAGGAAAACAGCUACCGCUGCCAUAUUAUAAUAAUAGAAGUGCUUGGAUGACGAGUGUUAUUUGGAAAAAGAUUCUAAUAGAUCUCAAUCAAAAUCUUGAAAAAGAUAACAAGCAGAUAUGUUUGAUUGUUGAUAAUGCUCCUUGCCACAAUACAGAUGAGAAAUUCUCAAACAUUACGAUUGAAUUUUUGCCACCAAAUACAACUGCCCUUAUACAGCCACUUGAUCAAGGUAUCAUCCACUCCUUUAAAAUGGAAUAUCGACAAAUACUAAUAAAAAAACAAAUUUGUGCGUUGGAGAAGGGCUUAUCUAUAGUUGAAUUCCUGAAAUCGCUCACUAUUUUGGAUGGUAUCAAUUAUGCAAAUCGCGCUUGGAACCUUGUUAAGCAGCAAACAAUUAGUAAUUGUUUCAAAAAGGCAGGCAUUGACAACAUUCAAUUCAUUACAGAUGAGAUUGCAGCCACAGAAGGCGAAAACUAUGAAUGGUGCACACUCGAUAAUGAAUACAUUCAAUGCGAUAAUGAACUUGUCUGCUUUGGAACCAUGUCGGACGAGGAUAUUGUUGCGGACGUAUUGGCCGUCAAUCAAAAUUCUACUGAAGAUGAGGAAGUGUUCGCGCAAUCUGAGGCUUGUAUUAAACACCCCUCAACGAAAAAUGCCUUGCUAAGCUUAGAUUCGCUGCGUGACUAUUUUUGUCAUAACAAUAUAGAUCCCUUAGAGGCUUUUGAAGAUAUUGAAAAUUUAAUCCUAGAGAGUUCUGAAAAACAGAAAUGCCAGAAGAAAAUAACAGAUUUUUUAAGUAAAUCUUAACAAUUUUCAAAUUAAAUGAAUUGACUGAAGUGAAAUAUAAUUUUUAUUAAAACUGAAUAAGUUUAUAUAUUCUAUUUCUUGUGUGCUAUUUUUUGUUUACAUCGAAUUGAUUGUGUAUAUGCAUAUAUUUUGCAUAUAAGCGAAUACCGCUUGUUUGCAAUUACCGCCUGUAUGCAAAUUUUUUUUUGCAUUAUAACAAUUGCAUAUAACCGAUAUCUACUGUAUAUGCAUAUAUAU